AAGGUGAUGAUCAGCACGACCACCGCAGAUUCCCCGGGUAAGAUCCUCGACUGGAUGAGGUACCACAGGCUGCUGGGGGUGGAACACUUCUUUCUCUUUGUUGAGGGCAAGGCGGCGCGGAAAAAGUCGGUGGAGCGGCUGGUCGCGUUCCCGGGCGUGACGGUGUGGGAACCCAGCGCGGAGCUGGACGAGUUACGGGGUAAGUCGCGGGCGUGGAAAGAGGACUGGCUCGGCAACUUCUUCGAGAAGCCGUGCAACAACGAGCUCUUCGUGCGACAGUCGCUCAACAUGGAAAUCGCAAUCGCUCAGGCGCUCGCCGAGGGACUGGACUGGCACGUGCACAUCGACGUGGACGAGCUGCUGUGGCCGGGCGGGGAGAAACACCUGAGCAUGAAGACUUUCCUCGGCGAGGUUCACCCGACGAUCGACAACGUCGUCUUCGCAAACUACGAAGCGUGCCCCGAGACGGACGCCGUGCGAGACCCGUUCCGCGAGGUGACGCUGUUUAAAAGAAAUUUCGAACACGUCGUCAAGCGAACGUACAUGCAGUUCUACAAAGCCGUGACGGGCGCCAACCCGAACUAUUUCCUAACGUACGCCAAUGGCAAGUCAGCUGCUCGGGUCGCGCCCGGGUUACGGUCCAACGGAGCCCACAGGUUUAGCAACUACGACAAGACGCCGACGGAGGCGUGGGCGGCGGAGGCGGCGGUGUUGCACUACACGUACACCACGUUCGACGACAUAAAAGCCAGGAAAGGCCGGUGCGAGUGCGAGAAGGAUGAGGAGAGUCUCAAGAAGUGCUUCAUCCUGGACUUUGACCGGGUGUUGUACGUUAAGUGGGACGAGAUGAACGAGGACGAGAUGCGCGACUUUUACAACAAACGGGUGGUAUGGCGCGAUCAAGGGUUGAAGAAACGGUUGCUGGCCAACGGGCUGUUCACUCGGAUCUACGCGCCGCAGAUCAUCAUGGAUGGGAUACGGAGGACG